UUGAAAGAAUAUAUAAUACAUUCACAUUUGCACUAUGGAGUCCAUCAAGCACUCAAUUCAAGACCUGACCGAACACUUCAACUCACGGAUGGCUGAAUUUCAAAAGACUCUUCAGAGUUCUAUCCCAGCAUCAAGUCCAACCACCAACAUAGCGGCUCAGUUUAAUACAUUUAGAGUCUUUGUUUUAACUGCGUUGGAGAGCCUUCAGAAGCAAGUUGAACUCCUAUCAAAGCAAUACAACCAAAUGGAGAUGCGAAGUAGAAGGAAGAUGCUCCUCUUGCAUGGAAUUCCUGAAGAAGUAAAGGAGAAUGUACCAACUGUGGUGUCGAGGGUUUUAUCAGAUAAACUCAAGUUGCCCGAGUUUACCAUGGAUAAGCUCAGCCGAUGCCAGCGAUUGGGUCAAUCCACGCGAGAUAAGCCUCGAGCUAUUCUUGUCAAAUUUCAUGACGCGUCGCUUCGUAAUAAAAUCUGGUACUCGAAAACAUCUCUCAAAAAUACGGGUGUGACUCUUUCGGAAUUCCUUACUAAGGAGAGACAUGAACUGUUUAUGGCUGCGAGACGGAAGUUUGGAAUAUCUAAAUGCUGGACGAAGGAUGGUGCCGUUAUUGUUACUGGGUCAGACGGUAAGCGCCAUCGUAUUGUCACAACAGCUGAACUUAAUUCAAUCAAAUGCACACAGAAUGAUAUUCCUUUGGCUACUAUUCCCGCUGCUAUUCCCAGUACCAGUUCUGUCGACUCAAUUGGUAAAUCUACCAGUUCCACACAGGCUAUUCGAAGCAAGAGAACUGUCAAAAAGUAAGCUUUGUUUUGUUAGACGUACUGUAGCAUUAAAUUAAUAUCGUACACUUUUGAACAUUAGUGUUUAGCUUCGAUUUGUAUUUUGUAUUUAUGUUAGAUACUA